AUCAUCGUAUAUUGUUACAAAACACGACGUUCCAACUUGAAAGUUGUUUUUCGACGAUGAAAAAAAAAAUAAUAAUUAUUAAAAUCGAUAAUCGCAAUAAAUUUAUUGAAAAGAAGAGGAUUUGUUUUCAGCAUGUAGUAUCUCGCUUUGCUCGCGUAGAUGAAGCGCCGUGAUCGCGUAGCCAGUCGGAUCUUUCACUUCCGGCAAUCAUGCCUUUCGAAAGGUUUGUGGAGACAGGCCGAGUUGCCUAUGUCAGCAAUGGACCAUACCAGGGUAAACUGGUCAGCAUUGUUGAUGUCAUCGACCAGAACAGAGUUCUGGUUGAUGGACCAGCUUCAAAAAUCCCACGGGGACAGAUGAGGUUAAGUGACCUUCAUCUGACCAAGUUCCGUCUCAAGUUCCCUUUCACUGGUUCCACCCGUGUUGUCCGCAAGGCAUGGGAAGAAGGCAAAAUCGAUGAGGAGUGGGCCAAGACCAUGUGGGCCAAGAAAGUUGAAGCCAAGAAGAAGCGACUGGAGCUUAGCGACUUCGACCGAUUCAAGCUUCGCAGGGCAAAACGCGUUCGCAACGUGUUGAGGACAAACGCUUUCUUCAAACUGAAGAAGUCGACGAAGAAGGACAAAGUCGCAAAGACCACUAAAGCUACAAAACCCGCAAAAAAAGCAGCGACGAAAAAAUAAUUGUUUAUAAUUUUCGAAAAUAAAAUCUAAAAUAAAACCAAAAGAUCGACUUUUUAACUUAUAAUAUUCAUGUCAAACACUGUAAUUACUGUUUUCCAUAAAAUACAUUAUUAUUUUUUUUA